AUGCCAGUACAAGGAAUUAGGAGGUUUGGAGUUUCAGGGAAGCUUGGUCCACGUUACGUGGGUCCAUUUGAGAUUUUAGAGCGUGUUGGGGCAUUAGCGUACCGACUAGCUUUGCCUCCCCAGUUAGCCAGUGUGCAUAAUGUAUUCCAUGUCUCCAUGUUACGCAAACAUGUUCCCGACCCUCAGCAUGUGAUUGACUUCCAACCUCUUGAAUUAAGAGAAGAUUUAGCAUAUGAAGAAUUUCCAAGUUGCAUCCUCGAUUGUAAGGAGAAAGUGUUAAGGAAUCGAGUCAUUCCCUAUGUGAAGGUGUUAUGGCAACAACAUGACUUUGAAGAAGCAACUUGGGAGCUAGAGAAUGAAAUGCGACGCCUUUAUCUCCAUUUAUUUGAGCAAACAGGGACGGAACCCAUAUGA